GCGGACUUUUUACAGUUGCCCCGGACGCCCCAUCACCGCGCAAACCGGAAGGAGGGCUCGGGAGGGACCAGAGUCCGGCCAAGUGUGCUCGCCCCGUGGCUGAGUCCCACCGGCGGGCCCUGCUGCCCUCUGUCCUGGAAGUUAAGAGCCGGUGGAGUGGAGAAACUGAGAGAGCAGGGGAAGGUCCCAGAAGUCAGAAUCUGCCGCCCAGGGCACGGCUGGGACAUGGAGGACGUGGGUAACGCUCCGAAUGGCAGUGAUGGCUCGGAACCAGGACAACCCGAAGCCGGACUUGACGUGGCCCAGGCGAUCCUGACCAAGUUCUCUAUGAAAUCCCUGUUUGGGUUUACGAGUAAAUUGGAAUCUGUGCAGCCUGAAGAGGAAGAAGCGGUGCUGAAAGCCUUCCGCAGUUUAGUGGUGGAUCCCACGCCUCAGCUGGAGGAGCCCAGCAGCGGCUUGGAGCCGCCGGAGGCAGAGGCUCAGGUUCCACCUGACCUCGGAAAUGAUGGGAAGACUACGAGGGUGGAGACAGAGACGGGGUUGGAGGGAAGCCGGGGAGAAGCAGAGGCAGGGAUUUCUGUGCCUGGUCAAGAGCUGCUUCCACUGGCUGCUUUGAGUGUGUGCAGAGACAAUGUCAUUUUGGUUCGCGGGACCCUGGUGAACACCACCAGUGAUUCUGACUCUGAUGAUGCAGGCCAGGAGCCAGAAGAGGGAAGCAACGCCAAUGGCCCAAAGUCCCCUCGUGGUGUUUUAUCUGAGCCAUCUGAGCAGCCCCAAGAAAAGCCAGGCGAUGGGAGGGAAAAUACUGCCACUGGAGAAAGGGGUGAUGCAGAGCCCAGUGGAGAAGGUCCUCAAAGGACUCUGCAGGAGAUAAACUGCAAAUUGGAACCCGACGAUGGUGGCCUUCAGACAGAGCACAGCCCCGGCCAGCGACAAGCUGGAGAAGAAGGUUCCAAAGUUCUACCUGUGGUAACAGACCAGAACUCAAGUGUUGGUGUCACUGAGAACACCUCUUCUAAAAAAGAAGUCCCUGGAGAGAAGUCCUUCCAGCUUCCAGCUUUUUUUAGUGGGCUUCGUGUGCUGAAGAAGGGAGCCCCAGCCGAGGUCGGGGAGACCAUCACUGAAAUUAAACCAAAGGACGGGGACCUGGCUUUGCUUAAGUUGACCCAGCCUGUCCAGAGGUCCCUAGCACAGGCAGGGCCUCAGACAGUGAAGAUGGGAGAGAAAACAAAUGAUCCAAAGGCCUCUCCCACUCUCCUGGAGCAGCUCUCUCAGCUGCUCAACAUUGACGUCCCCAAAGCCGAAUCGAAGGCAGAAGACCCUGAACAGCCCAGGGGGGAAGAGAUGAGUGGCAGUACUUCUCAGGAGAGCCAGAGCGGCCCCGGAGAAGCCCAGACCCAGGGAGGAGAGGUCAAGCCAAAGCCGCCAGAGACUGCCUUGGAGGCCUUUAAAGCCUUAUUCAUCCGUCCCCCCAAAAAGGGGACCACAGCUGACACCUCUGAGCUGGAAGCUCUCAAGCGCAAGAUGAGGCAUGAAAAGGAGUCCCUAAGAGCUGUGUUUGAGCGGUCGAGGUCAAGGCCAGCAGAUGGCCCCUCAGAUUCCAAAAGCCCUGACCACAGCCCCACUGAGCAGGACGAUAGGACUCCUGGCAGACUCCAAGCUGUCUGGCCACCCCCAAAGACAAAAGACACAGAAGAAAAAGUGGGAUUGAAGUACACUGAAGCAGAAUACCAAGCUGCUAUUUUACACUUGAAGAGGGAGCACAAAGAAGAAAUUGAAAACCUGCAGGCUCAGUUCGAACUUCAAGCCUUUCAUAUCCGGGGUGAGCAUGCAGUGAUAACAGCAAGACUAGAAGAAACCAUUGAAAAUCUCAAAUACGAGAUAGAACACCGAUGGCGAGGAGGAUGUGAAGAGAUGAGGGAUGUGUGUGUCUCCACCGACGAUGACUGCCCUCCAAAGACUUUCAGAAAUGUGUGCAUCCAGACAGACAGACAGACUUUCCUCAAACCCUGCGAAGGUGAAGACAGGACAACCAGAAGUAACCAAAUAAUACCCAAAAAGCUGAAUAUCUCCUCUUUAAGCCAACUCUCUCCCCCAAAUGACAGCAAAGACACCAGUGUACCACUUCAAUCUGCGGAAAGCAUUUCAUCGAGUCAGCAGAAGGCAACGCCUCCCCCUCCCCCUCCCCCUCCCGCACCACCCCUACUGGCAGCCAUCCCUCCCCCUCCUCCCCUCCCACCCGCACCUGGACCUUUGCCACUGGCACCUCCGCCACCACCUGUGAAUACUGUGCUUCUAAGUGCUGGCCUUCCCCUCCCUCCCCCACCCCCCCCACUUCCUCACUCCACCGCUGCACCCAACAGUGGGGGGCCUCCUCCUGCUCCGCCACCCCCAGGACCUGCGCCUCCACCUCCUCCUGGACUCUUCUUCGGAGUCAGCCCUCCUGCUAACCAGUGUCCUCGGAAGCCAGCCGUCGAACCCAGUUGUCCCAUGAAGCCUCUGUACUGGACUAGGAUACAAAUAAGUGAUAAGAGCCAAAAUUCUACACCAACCUUGUGGGAUUCCUUAGAAGAACCUGAUAUUCGGGAUACUAGUGAAUUUGAGUAUUUAUUCUCCAAAGACACACCUCAGCAGAAGAAGAAACCUCUGUCAGAGUCCUAUGAGAAAAAAAACAAGAUCAAAAAGAUCAUCAAGUUAUUGGAUGGAAAACGAUCUCAAACUGUGGGAAUCUUGAUAUCUAGUUUGCAUUUAGAAAUGAAGGAUAUCCAGCAGGCCAUUUUUAACGUGGAUGAUUCUGUGGUUGAUCUGGAAACCCUGGCGGCCUUAUAUGAAAACAGAGCCCAAGAGGAUGAACUCGUUAAAAUAAGAAAGUAUUAUGAGACAUCCAAAGAGGAAGAAUUGAAGCUGCUGGAUAAACCUGAGCAAUUUUUACACGAGUUAGCCCAGAUCCCUAAUUUUGCUGAACGUGCCCAGUGUAUAAUCUUCAGAUCUGUCUUUUCUGAGGGCAUUACUGCUGUGCAUCGAAAGGUAGAGAUCAUCACACGAGCUUCUAAGGGCUUGCUGCAAAUGAAGAGUGUGAAGGAUAUUUUGGCUCUCAUUCUGGCUUUUGGAAACUAUAUGAAUGGAGGAAAUAGGACUCGGGGACAAGCAGACGGGUAUAGCUUAGAAAUUCUGCCCAAACUCAAGGACGUCAAAAGUCGGGAUAAUGGGAUUAAUCUGGUGGACUACGUUGUGAAAUAUUACCUGCGUUACUAUGAUCAGGAAGCAGGAACAGAAAAGAGUGUUUUCCCCCUGCCCGAACCACAAGAUUUCUUUCUGGCCUCCCAAGUCAAAUUUGAAGACCUUAUAAAAGAUUUGAGAAAACUGAAGAGGCAACUAGAAGCAAGUGAGAAACAGAUGGCAGUGGUGUGUAAGGAGUCACCAAAGGAGUAUCUGCAGCCAUUCAAGGACAGACUCAAAGAGUUCUUCCAGAAAGCCAAAAAAGAGCAUACAAUGGAAGAAAGUCACUUGGAGAAUGCACAGAAAAGUUUUGAAACAACAGUAGGAUAUUUUGGGAUGAAGCCGAAGUCUGGUGAGAAGGAGAUCACACCCAACUACGUGUUUAUGGUGUGGUAUGAGUUCUGCAGUGACUUCAAGACAAUUUGGAAACGGGAGAGUAAAAACAUAUCUAAAGAAAGAUUGAAAAUGGCUCAGGAAUCAGUCAGCAAGUUAACAGCAGAGAAGAAAGUGGAGACAAAGAAAAUUAACCCCACGGCUAGUCUGAAAGAAAGACUGCGUCAGAAGGAAGCCAGUGUGAGCACCAACUAACACAGAGACACAGGAAAACAAUGACGGUGAGACAUAGUACUCUGCAUGAUCCUUUGUAACACCAGUGUUGCAAGAAGUUCUCGAAAGAUAUGUCACUAAAUGUUUAUUUUGCUCAUCUCUUUCUGAGCACCCCGUGCCUUCUUAAAGAAGUCCCUUGUUAAGCCAUAGGAACAAUGAAAAACUGCUGAAGAAGUAUUUGAUAACUGUUUCUUCUAGAGGUCCAAAGUUCGCUCUGUUAUGAGACCAGAAGAAUUACCAAGAUUUUCCAAUUUUUGUUUAAAAGCAGAGAUUUCAAGCUUUCUAACCCAAACCUGAUAUAUAUAAACUUGUGACAGAAGAAGAGAAGGAUGUUUUGUGACAGUUGCCUUGAGCAAGUUCAAGCCUUGGUCUUUACAUACUGCUGGUUUGAUUAUUGAUCUUAAUUUUGAUACUAUUGCAGCAAGAUCCUGAAGCACCCUUCUCGCCAAAAAUGUUGAAACUUACCAAAACUACUUUAAGAGGUCCAAGACUAUCUAUUUCCCACAGUCAAAAAACGGUUAUUUUUUUCAUUGUUUUUUUAUGUAACAUAACAGAAAAUGGAAUUAUACAUGUAUGGAGAAGGGGGUUAAAUAGCCAUAAACUUCAUCCUGGAGAACAAAUUAUGACACAGGGAGCUGGCAUCAGCCAUUUAGCGAGACCCAUUCUUUUGUUUUCAUAUCAGUUCAUUGGGGUUUCCUGGACCACUAGGGAUUCUCCACCCCUUCUGUCCCAGAAGAAACUCUGAUACCUGAGUGGGGACAGACUUGGGGUCAAAACACCUGCUUGGACAAGUGACCCAGUAUCAAUCAGAGCACAUCUCACACCUCCAAUCAUCUAUGUGUGGAUAACACCUUGGUAACCUACAGCUGAGCUGUACACCGUGUUCUGGAACCGGAUGUGGCUGGACCUCUCCCACCAACCCCAGGAGGCAGUUUCUAGACAGGAGAGCAGAUGCUACUUGCAGCCCUUUAUCAUGACCUUGACCGACAGGCAUGUGACAUAUGGUGAAGCAGGGGUUUUUUAACGUCAAAAGCAAAAAAACUAAGGGCAGAAAACGAGUUCUUUACAUCAAAAUGGGAAGAAGGUGAUUACAUUGAUAUUGAACUUUGAGUGGAAUAUCAUACAUAGGCAGCUUUUUCUGACCCUGGAAGCCCAUGUGACCACUGCCUCUUGAGUCACAGGGCAACCAAACUGGACCUCUCUCCUAACAUUUUGUCCUUAAGCCACCACUCUUCUAGUCUAUCUUGUGAGGAGAGAAGAGAGGAGACUUGGGGUGAACUGAGAUGAGGAUCAAAGACUAUCAGGUUUCAGCCUUGAAAGGAGAGAGGCCCAAGCUUUCUCCUCCAAUUGGUGGAGGACCGUCUAUAGAGAUGAGCAGAAACUUUAAAACCCUUCCCCAUCCGCCUGCCAUGUGUGGCCUGCCCCUUGCCCCACCAUCUUCCCAGGUGCCUGAGUGUCUACCCAGGACAUGCCUGCCAGUCAUCAGCCCCCUCAGGGACCCCAUAAUAGAUCUGGCCAAUUAAAGCAGCACCAUAUUCUAAUAGAAUGCCCAUUUGGGGAAUCAAGAAUGCACCAUCAGGAUCAAAUCAAGUCAUGAAGCCAUAUUCAUGCAGGUGUGCUAAUCACCUUUUCUAACAAUUCAAAAAAAAAAGGAAUAUAAUAAUAUGGUUUGGUUUUUUUCCCCAAAAAAUAGAAGGAUGAGACAAACAAAAUAGCAGAGCAGGUAAGAACUUACAUGACUAAAAGAAGUUGCUUAUGAGCGAGCUUUUCAUACCGCUUUCUUAGAUUGUUUCUCUUCAUUUUCACUUAAUGGUGAAGACGACCUAAGGAAUUCCUAGAUUUAAAACAAAUUCUGCUUACAGCUACCCUGUGCUCUGUGACAGUCCUUCUAGUAUUAUCAUACAAAAGAAAAAGCGCCAGUUUUGCCCGUGGCUUGGGAAUCAACUCUGAGUUUAGUGAGAACAACAGAAGUCUAGAUCCUUAAUGGCUCCUUAAGGACUUGAUGGGAGAGAACGGCAGGAGGCUCUCAGUGGGGUCCCUGUAGCCCACUUCAGGUCUUUAAAUAGGAUGCUCACAAGAAAAUCACUGGAGGGAAGCAGGACUGUCGCUUUAUAACCCUACAAAAACAUUGCUCUCAGGGAACCAGUGCUGAAGAAUAAUGAGCGGAAACACUGAAUUUGAGAGUUAGACAAAUGCAGCCCAGGUUGGAUUUCAUCCUAGUGGACAGGCUAGACAUUGGCAGUCAAAUACCUAUUUCUAAAGAGCAACGUUUGCCUACCUCUGUUGGGGAAACCUAGUGAGUCCAAUGUAGUGAUACUGUAUCACUACACUAGGCAGGCUCCCCAUUAUUCUCUCCCAGUUUGCAUCCUGCAUUAGGUAUCUGGACACCCUUCCCAAGUCCACACGUGGACUGCAUUGUGACAGCACCCUCAUUUCUAACUUGACUUGAUGCUCGGUAAAGGUUCACAAGAGUUUGUUCAAGGUGGGCCAUCUAAAACAACCUGGAGGCCCUGAGAACAGUCCGUCCAAAACGCAGUUGAGAUUGUAUUAACUCCAACAGGUGUCGCUAAACUUUUCAUGGAGAAGUAGUAGUUGGGGUACCACUUAGCAGGGUGGGCACUUCUGGCUGCUCUAAGCAUAGCCCUGCCUGCACUAGAGGGACAGUGGCCAGUAUUUCUACUCUGCGUUUAACCAGACACUCACACCUGACCUACUAGUCAGACUCGGAGAAACCUUAACUUAUAACAACAUCAUCUCUUCCUAGCCAAGGUUCAUUAAAUCCGAGGACACAGCAGAUAGCAGUUCAGAUUCCUGCAUGAGUAACUGGCAUAAUCAUCGAGCACACAAGUAUAUCAUAUAUGACACGAAAGCAUGAUAUAAACACGUUAGUUAAAAAUAUAGGCCUGUGAGGUAUCAAUAAUCAAGUGAGGAGAAGGUGUGCUGUAUGGUUUUUUAACUCAAGAAGAGGCAGCUUAUGGGAGGGGGCGUGGUGAAGGGAAGAGGUGGCCAAGAAGAAAUGGAUGAUGUGAUGAUGGUCGAGGCCCAGGGGUCACAGGUGAUGGACCUGCUACCCGACAGUUACCUUUUGAAUCUUUGGUUGAUGUCUGUGAUACCUCUUUAAACAUUCAUUGCAACUACCUAGGAACUAUGAAGAGAGAAGGUCUGAAAUCUGUGAAGCAGAAUAAGGAAAUCCAGUGGUGCUCUUCCAUCUUUAAAUGUUCUAGCCGAAACAAAUUGGCAACAUGGUUGAGGAACUGAAUGCCAGAUUGGGUGCUAGUCUCUGACCCCCUCUUCUUUCCGGUAAGAAUAGUAGAAGCUGCAUGCCUGCUCAGCCUCCCUUAGGCACCUCCUUUUCUCAUAAGUACUAUAAGGAAAGGCAUUUCCCUAAAUGAUAAGCUCCUAUGCUGCUGGUGGAGAACCCGGAAGAACUAAAGGAAGGAAUAAAACUCUUUGGUGGUAUUGGAAACCUCCAGCAAGAUGAAGAAGUCAUUGGUAUAGUCCUUCCAAGACCAUGAUUGGAUGUAGCAAAAGAGACGUAAGUGUAUUUUUGGUAAAGAUUUGCUUGUUGGACUGGGAUUGCACAUCUCUCUCUAGAUUAUACCACUUGUAUGGAGGAAUUUUCAUUUUACUUCUAUUCUUGCUUUCUUGGACAUCAUAUUUUGUCAUUUCUAUUUCUGCUGCUUUCUUGCCCGGUGUCAUUGAUGAAGAUCAUUGCAUACACUAGCACAGCAAACAGCACAUAGACAGCCAGUGUAGGAAGGGGAAUUAGCAGUACAGACCUGUGGCCUCUUUUCCAGUAACCAGACUGUAACAUUGACAUGGGAACCUCUUCACUCCCUGACAUUCUAAAUUGAUCUCUUUUGUAGUACUGCACCCUCGCCAAACAAAGAUAAAACCAAUUUGGGGCUUUCUAUGUUAAGGGGAAGGAAGAACUGCAAAAAAUACAGCUUUUUCCCCAAAAAUACCUGAUGCAAAUAUCAAAUAUCCAAUUUUAUAAAUUAAAUAGUCUAAAAAUUGCUAACAAGAACUCUCAUUAGAUUUGAGCUUCAUUUUUCUUUGAUCCUGCCUGUUCUAAUCAGAAAAAAAAAGAAAAAAAAAUGACCUGAAGGGGGAAAAAAGCAUUAGCAGAUUUAGCAAUCCACAAAUUAAUUAGUUCCUGAAUCACACACACAAAAAACAAAAAAGACAUAUUGUGAAACCCAAUGUUAUAGAAGUCCUAAGCACAUAAGGAUUUGAACAGCUGUGAGGGCUGAUCAGCGUGGACAAAGUAAGAGCUCUUAACUGCCCACUUGAGACUUCAGCCUAAACCAGGCAAUGUUUAGAGUGUGAAUUCAAGAGAGUCAAGUAUUGCUCCAAGCAGUUUAUUUUUGGAAAAGCCAUGUACAAAGAGAAGUAGUAUAAUAUAGUGAAAUAAGUGCUAGACUAUGAAAAUUUCCUUUCUCUCCUUCUCUCGUAAAAGCAGUUUAUAAAUGUAUGGAACAUCCAGAAGCCCAUGAAUACGACGCUUCAUAGGUUAGGUUUUUACCUUAGGAACACAGCUAAAGAGAGUGGAUUGAAUAAAGAAGUGAAUUUUCAUUCAUGUCAGCUACUUUGUUAUCAUAAAGAAAUCUACAACACAAGAGAAACAAGUCUGUGUGGACAAACUUAACAGUAUUUGAAACAAAUGGCCAGUGCUUAACCUUUCCAAAAUGCAAAUAAGUUGUGGGACCUGUUUCCAUUUUCCAGCUAUGAAGAGAGAUAAUCUGGCUGCUUGGAACCUUGUCUACUAUUGGUGCAGAAGUCACUUAAAGGCACCUUUUGGAACAGGCCUCAGCAGGUCUGGCUCCUUUAGACUCCCAUAACGGUGUUUGCAAGUCCAUGAGUGAUUGAAUCCAGGCAACACUGGGCUCAGUUACACAGCUGUAUGUGACUGAGAGGCUCAUUUUGUGUCAUUUCUGCACACCUGUCAGUUGUUGGUACCUUGUUAGAGGCACUUAAUUUUAGUUUCACAGUUCUUCCUUUCCCCUCCCAAGGAGUGGGCAAUCCACCAAACCCUCCCAGAUCAAUGCUUUGCUGAGAAGUAGUAAAUUCAAGAGUAUUAACAUGUCAACGUGGAAGCCAGUUCAGUAGCCUUAUUUGUUCCAAGACCCUUAAUCAACACUGUGAUAUAAACUUAGCAUUUGGGAAAUUUGUGUAGUUGACAACUUACUUCGAAAUGUGAAGAUAUGAAAAUGGCAGCAAGUUUACUCUGUCUCUUAAGGUGCCCAUGCAGUUUCUACCAGUGAAGAGAUUAGGGAAGCAGAUCAAGCCUCAUUCAGUAGGUUAUCCUGUCCUCAGUGGAGCUUGAGGGACAGGAUAACCUCAAGCUAUCCUAUCCUAUCCUCGUUUCAUUUCUUCUCCACCCCCAGCCCAUCUCCCAACUACCCUGGUGACAAAACAGUAACAUGACCUUUUCCUUCUUGUCUUCCCUUCUCUAGUAUGAUGGUUUACUUCAGUCAGCGCGCAAACGAACUCUGGCAUGUCUAUAAAGUAUUUGUUCAUGAAUGUCUUCUUCAUGCUAUAGUCUGGGGAAGGCUGAUUUAAUCUCAAUAUUUUAAAUGAGAGUGGUAGCUAAAGCCAUUAAUUUAUUCUACAUUCCAUAUUCACAUAUAAUUUUCUAUUUUUAAUCUUCUCAAAUAUACUAAGAAUCUCCAGUGUAUCUCCUUUUCAGAAAGCUGAUUCAUAGACUUCUGUGGGCUGUUUUUUUUUUAUGCAUUGUGUGAAAUCUGAUAGCACUGGGCUAGCAAAAUGAAAAUGAGCCCACAGCAAUUUGGCCUUCUUCCCCGUGGAGUAAACAACCUUCUACCACCCUUAAGCAGUUUUGUAGGCUGAGCAUUUCCCUAGAUGCUACCUGUGCAGACACCAAGGGGUUCUUUUGUCUUGGAAGCUGUAAGAAUGUCUUAAAAGAGAAUGAAUACUUCUCCCCAUAUAUAGUGUGAGCUUCCAAUGUGUUGUAAUUAGUAUAUGAAGUAAGAAAUCUAAUGUUUUCAGGCAUCCAUGCCCAGUGGUUUGUCAACAUCUUUGGCAAAGUUGUACAUACUUUCCUUCCUUGUUCUCUUCUAGGGCUUGCUUCCAUUCUUGUCUCGUGAAACAAACGUAUUUUUGUUUACUCAUCUCGGUCAGCUUUCCAAAAUGAGAGGCUAGUCGCAUAGACCACUGAGUAUAAGGGAAAUUACUCUCCACCACACCAUGACAUGGAUGAUAGGUGUAUUUAGGAAUGCACAGCUUUCUAGGAACUCUUGGGGUGGAUUCCAAAUUCCAGGUUUCUAUGAGGUAUAUAAAAAUGGGUAUUUGGCACACAAAGAUUAUACUACUCUUCCCAGUAAGAGACUAAGAGAUUCAAAAUCUCCAUUUUAGAUAGGUUUGAGCAAACUAUAAGUAGCUUAUGUUUUUCCCUUUCCUCUUGGCAACUUGUCCCUACCUAUAAUCUUAUUUCUUCAGAUCUGACCACCAAGGCAUGAAGAAGGUAGUGUCAACCCACUGAGAUUUCCCUCUGCAUAAUCCUCUAAAGAUGUUCAUUUCCUUUGGAAACAAAUCCAUGGGUGAGGGGGAAAGUCCAGUGACAAUUCUCUCUGCCCAGAGUGACACACAUAGGAUUUUGGGAUCUAUCAAAGGGAUAGGUCUAUGCCAAAUAUUAAUUUUACAAUUCUUCAGUUUCUCAAGAUGCAAAUAAUAUGACCCUACUGUUAGUAGGAUGUAUAUAAGAAUAUAAGCAUUAAGAAAAAAAGGCCUUCCCUUUAAAGAAACAAUUGCAGAUACUCUUAAAAAGGCAGAAACUUUUAAAGUUAGAAAUUGAAUAAUUUUUAAGAUUCUUUGGAGGAAACAUGUCAUCGAUUCAUCAUAGUCUUUUCCUUUCAUUGAAUUUUAAUUUAGACUAGCAUGGAAGCAGAGUGCCCCUGGACUUUGAUUUAGGGGGAUCGUGCUUUGGCCUGGAAAAACAGUACUGGCCUGAAUGCCCAGAAACUUAAGUGAAGUCAGUCAGCAUACUAAUAGGAAUCAGGCCUAACAGAAAUGUAAAUUAUUUCAAGUCCUUUAGAGUUUAAUUUUCUUAUCAACACCCUCGACCCUGCUUCCUAAAAAUUAAUUUGAUCCAUGCAGUUUAUGUGUCUUCAUUUUGCCUUGUGAGAUUACAAGCAAUGGGAUAAUGGAGAAAAAUAGGAGACAGGGGAGAAGGAAAAUUUGAACGAGGCCAGGGUGCCAUGUUUUGCUGAUAUAAUAAUGCCUUGUUAGGGAGCUGGUGACCGUUGCCAUGGUUGUAUCAUGGGCAGCCUUUCAGUGGAAGCUCAGGGCAUAAUAUGUAUGAGAGCAGUGGGGAGGGAGUGCCCAGUAUCUCAUAUUGGUCCGUGCCUGACAAUGUUCUGGAAAAGCAGGUACCCCAGUGAGACUGGCCUGUGCUUGUUGAAAUAACUCCAAUGAAUUUCAGAUUCAUUUCCAUGGGGUCGGUUGUCCAUGGACCUUCCUGUUUCCUCUAUGCCUGUUUAAAAGUCAUUUUGGCAUCAAGCUUCAUUUCACUUUUCUCCUUUCAGUACUUCUGCAUCAGCCUCCCCUUCCUUCACACCCCACAGCGAUUUUUUCCUCACUUUACUUUUACAGUUUCUCCAGGACCCAGCUUUCUCCACCCCUUUCCCCCACAGACACCUGAAAGUCCCCUGAGCCCUCACUCCCUCCUCUCACACCCUGUGCUCCAGCCCCCAGCCCUUUGGACAGGGAGCUCUGCUGUCACCAAGAGAGACACAGCGUUGUGACUGCCUCUUGUUAAUGUCAGCACCACCUCAUCACUUAGGCAACGAGGGAAAAUCCAUAAAAGAGAUGGAAAAUACAUUUCUUUUUUUAUUCUACUUUAUAUUUUAAGAAGGUCGAGCAGAGGCAUGGCUCCAGUCCUCAAUUUCUCAGAGAUUUUUACUUUAAAACUGUCUAAUUAGGGACCAUUCUUUUGAGAAAUUGUACAUCAGUUCAGGUCACCAACUAUGAUGUGGUUUAAGGCUCAAGUGUUGACUCUCAAGUAACUUUUCUGUGCUGCUGGACAAAGUGAAUUCUGUGCAAACAUUUUGAAUCAUAGGCUCUUUAUCACCCCUCAAUUCUUACUAUUACUGAGGAUUCAAGCAUCUUCAGGAAUGUGGAUCAGGAUGUGGACAAUUUGUGGUUAUUUUCAGAUCAACAGUAACUGUUACACUCUUGAAAGCACUUAAAGAAAAAGUAUAAGCAUGUCUUAAAUAGUCAACCAUUUGACCUGGAAAAAAGUUGGCUUUUCUGUUUAAUUAUUAGACCAAACUGUAGAUGUAAUCUUAAAGGAUUUUAAGCAAUAAUGAAGACAGUUUGAGAAAUGAGAAGGCACUUUAGAGACAUGAAACCUUACAUUACACGCUCUUGGAUAUUUUUUAAGGUAAUAAGCUAAUUGGAUUCAGGUAUUUUUUUCCCUUUAAAUUUUUAAAAAUAUGUAUUUCUAAUUUGCAUAUUUAAUUUUGUCAACGCUGAGAAAUGCUCUUUAGUUGAAUUUGUAAAUGUCAUUUGCAAACCAAAUGAAGUAUUUAUUUUUAAAAAGAAAGGGUGAAGGAACCAAUAUUGAUUUGUACAUAAUGAAAAUGUGUGUGUGUGUGUGUGUGUGUGUGUGUAUAUGUUUUCCUCCUUGACACUACUUGGUCCCCACAUCAAGUGUAUUUUUGUACAUAAUAUAUAUUGGUUAGAAAAUGUAGAUUGUCUAUUCAAAG